UGCUGCUCAUUUCAUCGUUGCGUUGGUGCUCUCUGGCUCCGUUCUCUGAUCCCUCCCGAGCCUUUACUACUUCGACCUCUGUGCGUGCGUGUGUUUGUGUCGCGAUCUCCGAUCUGCCAGGUGCUUAUCCUUCCGCCCCCCGCCGGUGUUCGGAUACUGCCCAGCCGAAGUAACAGAGUUGCUGAGCAAACACUGCUGACUGUCAAGCUUUUCGAGUAGGGAACUCGCAAAAUGCAGACAUCGAGGGCAAGACUAUUCAAGGAAUACAAAGAGGUGCAGCGAGAGAAAGGAGCUGAUCCAGAUAUUCAAUUAGUUUGUGAUGAUUCAAAUAUUUUUAAGUGGACUGCACUUAUCAAGGGACCAUCUGACACUCCUUUCGAAGGUGGCGUCUUCCAACUUGCCUUUGCCAUUCCCGAGCAGUAUCCUUUGCAACCACCUCAAGUGCGUUUUUUAACAAAGAUAUUUCACCCAAAUGUGCACUUCAAGACAGGAGAGAUAUGCCUUGAUAUUUUGAAGAAUGCAUGGAGUCCUGCAUGGACUCUUCAGUCUGUUUGCAGGGCUAUAAUAGCCUUGAUGGCCCAUCCUGAACCUGAUAGUCCGCUAAACUGCGACUCAGGCAAUCUUCUUCGAUCGGGUGAUAUAAGAGGCUACCAGUCCAUGGCGAGGAUGUACACUAGACUCGCGGCCAUGCCGAAGAAAGGAUGACCUACUGCAGUCUCAGGUUGUUUGAGAUAUACAUAUAUGCAGGGCAUGCUUUCCAUGUGUAAUGUACUGUAUUAUACGACAGAAAAUGCAAACUAAAAUCAGAUCUUCAUGUGGUACUUCGCUUCACUUGCAAAACAGUUGUUCAUUGAAAUAAUAUCCAUAUCAUGUCCUCUUUGCUCUUGAAUUAGAAAUAUUGGUGCCCUUGUUUGUAUUA